GGACCACCACAGACCACGGGCGGAGUCCCAGCGCCCGUCGGCAGCGCGGCCGGCAUGGCGGCGCCGAGGAGCCCCCCGCGGGCAAGGGAGCGGGAACGGUCUCGCGCCCCUGCUGCAGAGACAGGGUUUCACCAUGUUGACCAGGAUGGUCUCGAUCUCUUGACCUCGUGAUCCGCCCACCUCAGCCUCCCAAAGUGCUGGGAUUACAGGCUUGAGCCACCGUGUCCGGCCAACGGGUUCUUAACAAUCUGCCUGCUUCUGUCAUCUGAAACAGAGUUUCUGGCGUCUACCUGAGAGCUCUCCAUAGUUUCCAAGGUUACCUCAUCACACUGAAGCUGUUCUGAAUUAAGGAAGUGACCAAGUUCACUCCUGGACGCUAGCUACAAGCCAAGCCUUAGACACUAUCUGGAGAAUGGCAAAAGGCUUUGUUAUGUUGGCAGUUUCAUUUCUGGUGGCUGCCGUCUGCUACUUCAGGAGGCUACAUUUAUAUUCAGGGCACAAGCUGAAAUGGUGGAUUGGAUAUCUGCAGAGAAAAUUCAAAAGAAACCUCAGUGUGGAGGCAGAAGUUGAUUUACUCAGUUACUGUGCAAGAGAAUGGAAAGGAGAGACACCCCGUACCAAGCUGAUGAGGAAGGCUUAUGAGGAACUAUUUUGGCGGCAUCAUAUUAAAUGUGUUCGACAAGUAAAGAGAGAUAACUAUGAUGCUCUCAGAUCAGUGUUAUUUCAGAUAUUCAGCCAGGGCAUCUCUUUUCCAUCAUGGAUGAAAGAAAAGGACAUUGUUAAGCUUCCUGAAAAACUGCUGUUUUCACAAGGUUGUAAUUGGAUUCAGCAAUACAGUUUUGGUCCUGAGAAGUACACAGGUUCAAAUGUGUUUGGAAAAUUACGGAAAUGUGUGGAAUUAUUGAAAACACAGUGGACUGAAUUUAAUGGAAUUAGAGAUUAUCACAAGAGAGGAAGUAUGUGCAACACCCUUUUUUCAGAUGCCAUUCUGGAAUAUAAACUUUAUGAAGCUUUAAAGUUCAUCAUGCUCUAUCAAGUCACUGAGGUUUAUGAGCAAAUGAAGAUGAAAAAGGUCAUUCCCAGUCUUUUUAGACUCCUGUUUUCCAGGGAGACAUCCUCUGAUCCUUUGAGCUUCAUGAUGAAUCACCUGAAUUCCAUAGGCGACACGUGUGGACUAGAGCAGAUUGAUAUGUUUAUACUUGGAUACUCCCUUGAAGUAAAGAUAAAAGUGUUCAGACUGUUCAAGUUUAACUCCAGAGACUUUGAAGUCUGCUAUCCAGAGGAGCCUCUCAGGGACUGGCCAGAGAUCUCCCUGCUGACUGAGAACGACCGCCACUACCACAUUCCAGUCUUUUAAGUUGGCUGGGGGCCGAACAGCAGUAGUGACAGUGGUCACAGUUGCAUAUAAAGUAUCUCUCUGAAACCAAAGCUAGCAUUUUAGCAUGGAAGGAAUUAGGACCUUUUCCUAAGACUACAGGUACACUGGAUGUAGCAAUACAUGGUUGGUUUUCCUUUAUUUUUCAGUGAUUUCCUCCGAAGCAGCUGCACUGAUGUAUUUGCGUGUUGGUGGCUUGACUUUGUUCAUUAGGGGCGUGGUCACUUCACAUGAUGGAGGGCCUUUAAGAGCACAAAGAAGUUUAACACAGACAACAACAGGAAAAAGCAAAAAGAAAACAAGUAGGGAAAAAUGGCUACCCUGGAGAGAAAGAAUCUCUUUAACCUUUAAGUUCUUCAUUAAAAAAUCUUAUCUUGGACUGAUUUGGGGGAUUUUUAUAAACAUGGCCUUAUUUUAUAAGCAUUACCUUCCCAGGAAUCUUCAUUGUAUAUUAAUUUUUGAUAACCAUUUGAUUAACUUUAAAAUUGUGUGUAUGUAUAUAUAUACACACACACACAUGUAUGUUUAUACACACGUAUCUGUGUAUAGUUUUAUAUAUACAUAUAUACAUGUAGACAUACAGAGAAAUAACCACUACUUUAUAAUACUGUACAGUUUGUUUUAUAUCCCUUUACAUUUUUUUUGUUACUGUUUUCUCUGGCCAGCUUAAUAGUUUUAUUUAGACAGAAAAAAAGAUAAAUUCUGUAGAUUAAAGCAAAUGACAGUUAUUGAACUAUCACAGAAAUAUUAAACUGUGGUAUAUUUAAUGUGUGGAAUCUCAUUAUGGUAGGCAGAAUAAUGCCCUAUGCUCCCCAAAGAUGUCUGUUUCUGAAUCCUUAGAGCCUUUGCAGGGCUAAAUGGGUUAAAAGGGAAAGGAGAAUUAAGGUUGCAGGUGGAACUGAGGUGCUAAUCAAGUCACUGAUGUUGAAAUAGGGAGAUUUUUCUGGAUUCUCCAGGUGGGCCCAGUGUAGUCAGAAUGAUCCUUAAAAGUGGAAGAGGGAAUUGGAAGAGUGUCAGAGUCAGAGGGAAAUGUGAAACGCACCAUUGCUGGCUUUGAAGAUGGAGGAAGGGGCCAUGAGCUAGGGAGUGCAGGCAGCCUCUAGAAUUGAGACUGGCAAGAAAACAGAAACUUCCCCAGAGCCUCCAGAAGGAACAUAACCCUGCCAACACCUGAUUUUAGCCCAGUGAAGCCCGUGUUGGACCUCUAAUCUGCAGAACUGUAAGGUAAUAGAUUUGUGUUUAAGCCACUGUUUGCGGUAAUGUGUUAUAGCAACAGAAAACUAGUAUUUCCAGACUAGUUUAUGGUCAUCUUUAUUUUGGAAAUACUUUUCUAGUUUAAUUUGAUAAUCUUUAUUUUGGAGGUACUUUGCUAGUCUGAGUUUUAGUACAUAAACAUAAUUUUAAAACUUUUGCUGAUUAUAUAUUACUUCAAAGUCGCAAAUCCCUAAGAAUGACUUAUUUCACGAGAUAUUUAGCACUAUCAUUUUUCCCAGAUGUUCAUAUUAUUUCUGCAAUAAAUUAAAAAGGUGUGUGUUAAA